GGAAAGGUGAAAAAAAGGGGUACAAUAUUAAUUAUUCUCGCAAGUAUAAAAAUGGACGCAUCAAGAGUUUGGCACAAGUGUAACUGAAAUACGCUGAGUAAUCACUUGGAGUUUUUUUAAGAGAAUAACAACAUUAAAAAAAUGAGAGGAUACACGUUUAUUUUUAUGGCUAUUACGGCCUUAGUCAUAUUCGUGACUAUUCAAACUACUGCGGCAACUUGUAGCAAUGAAUGUAAAAUAUCAAAAGACGAUUGUAGGCUCUUGCGACAAAUGAGACGAUUGAAACACUUGAGAAGUCGUGGAGGUAGCAAAUGUCAUCAUAUUAAAAGCUCUGGAUCAGAUUGUGAUUCUGAAUCAGGAGACAGUGCUAAUUCCCAGGCCGAAUCACGGUCACACUCUAGUGCCCACUCUAAGUCUAAGUCAAGAUCCGCCGCAAAAAGUAAUUCUGGUGCGGAAUCUAAGACAAGCUCUCAAACUGGAUCGGGAUCAACUUCGGGUGGCCAAUCUGGAACAAGUACUCGAUCAUCAUCUAUGUCCGAAUCAGGUGCAGAGGCAGCUGCUGGGUCUGGUUCUAACGCAGCAUCUAAAUCAUCGUCAGGAGCAUCGUCUGAAUCAUCAUCUGGAUCUGACUCAGGCACAGGAGCUGGUUCUGGCGCAGCAUCUGAAUCAUCGUCUGGAGCAUCGUCUGAAUCAUCAUCUGGAUCUGACUCAGGCACAGGAGCUGGUUCUGGCGCAGCGUCUGAAUCAUCGUCUGGAGCAUCGUCUGAAUCAUCAUCUGGAUCUGACUCAAGCACAGGAGCCGGUUCUGGCGCAGCAUCUGAAUCAUCGUCUGGAGCAUCGUCUGAAUCAUCAUCUGGAUCUGACUCAAACACAGGAGCUGGUUCUGGCGCAGCAUCUGAAUCAUCGUCUGGAGCAUCGUCUGAAUCAUCAUCUGGAUCUGACUCAGACACAGGAGCCGGUUCUGGCGCAGAGUCUGAAUCAUCGUCUGGAGCAUCGUCUGAAUCAUCGUCUGGAUCUGACUCAAGCACAGGAGCUGGUUCUGGCGCAGCAUCUGAAUCAUCGUCUGGAGCAUCGUCUGAAUCAUCAUCUGGAUCUAACUCAAGCACAGGAGCUGGUUCUGGCGCAGCAUCUGAAUCAUCGUCUGGAGCAUCGUCUGAAUCAUCAUCUGGAUCUGACUCAGACACAGGAGCCGGUUCUGGCGCAGCGUCUGAAUCAUCGUCUGGAGCAUCGUCUGAAUCAUCAUCUGGAUCUAACUCAAGCACAGGAGCUGGUUCUGGCGCAGCAUCUGAAUCAUCGUCUGGCGCAGCAUCUGAAUCAUCAUCUGGAUCUGACUCAGACACAGGAGCCGGUUCUGGCGCAGAAUCUGAAUCAUCGUCUGGAGCAUCGUCUGAAUCAUCAUCUGGAUCUGACUCAGACACAGGAGCCGGUUCUGGCGCAGCGUCUGAAUCAUCGUCUGGAGCAUCGUCUGAAUCAUCAUCUGGAUCUAACUCAAGCACAGGAGCUGGUUCUGGCGCAGCGUCUGAAUCAUCGUCUGGAGCAUCGUCUGAAUCAUCAUCUGGAUCUAACUCAAGCACAGGAGCUGGUUCUGGCGCAGCGUCUGAAUCAUCGUCUGGAGCAUCGUCUGAAUCAUCAUCUGGAUCUAACUCAAGCACAGGAGCUGGUUCUGGCGCAGAAUCUGAAUCAUCGUCUGGAGCAUCGUCUGAAUCAGCAUCUGGAUCUAACUCAAGCACAGGAGCUGGUUCUGGCGCAGCAUCUGAAUCAUCGUCUGGAGCAUCGUCUGAAUCAUCAUCUGGAUCUGACUCAGACACAGGAGCCGGUUCUGGCGCAGAGUCUGAAUCAUCGUCUGGAGCAUCGUCUGAAUCAUCGUCUGGAUCUGACUCAAGCACAGGAGCUGGUUCUGGCGCAGCAUCUGAAUCAUCGUCUGGAGCAUCGUCUGAAUCAUCAUCUGGAUCUAACUCAAGCACAGGAGCUGGUUCUGGCGCAGCAUCUGAAUCAUCGUCUGGAGCAUCGUCUGAAUCAUCAUCUGGAUCUGACUCAGACACAGGAGCCGGUUCUGGCGCAGCGUCUGAAUCAUCGUCUGGAGCAUCGUCUGAAUCAUCAUCUGGAUCUAACUCAAGCACAGGAGCCGGUUCUGGCGCAGCGUCUGAAUCAUCGUCUGGAGCAUCGUCUGAAUCAUCAUCUGGAUCUAACUCAAGCACAGGAGCUGGUUCUGGCGCAGCAUCUGAAUCAUCGUCUGGCGCAGCAUCUGAAUCAUCAUCUGGAUCUGACUCAGACACAGGAGCCGGUUCUGGCGCAGAAUCUGAAUCAUCGUCUGGAGCAUCGUCUGAAUCAUCAUCUGGAUCUGACUCAGACACAGGAGCCGGUUCUGGCGCAGCGUCUGAAUCAUCGUCUGGAGCAUCGUCUGAAUCAUCAUCUGGAUCUAACUCAAGCACAGGAGCUGGUUCUGGCGCAGCGUCUGAAUCAUCGUCUGGAGCAUCGUCUGAAUCAUCAUCUGGAUCUAACUCAAGCACAGGAGCUGGUUCUGGCGCAGCAUCUGAAUCAUCGUCUGGAGCAUCGUCUGAAUCAUCAUCUGGAUCUGACUCAGACACAGGAGCCGGUUCUGGCGCAGCAUCUGAAUCAUCGUCUGGAGCAUCGUCUGAAUCAUCAUCUGGAUCUGGUUCUGGCGCAGCAUCUGAAUCAUCGUCUGGAGCAUCGUCUGAAUCAUCAUCUGGAUCUGGUUCUGGCGCAGCAUCUGAAUCAUCGUCUGGAGCAUCGUCUGAAUCAUCAUCUGGAUCUGGUUCUGGCGCAGCAUCUGAAUCAUCGUCUGGAGCAUCGUCUGAAUCAUCAUCUGGAUCUGACUCAGACACAGGAGCUGGUUCUGGCGCAGAAUCUGAAUCAUCGUCUGGAGCAUCGUCUGAAUCAUCAUCUGGAUCUAACUCAAGCACAGGAGCUGGUUCUGGCGCAGCGUCUGAAUCAUCUUCUGGAGCAUCGUCUGAAUCAUCAUCUGGAUCUAACUCAAGCACAGGAGCUGGUUCUGGCGCAGCAUCUGAAUCAUCAUCUGGUUCUUCUUCAAGCUCUAGUGCUGGAUCAAAUUCUGGAGGAAGGUCGCAAUCAUCAUCUAAGUCCAGUUCUAGGUCAUUCUCUCGAUCAGGUUCUAGGUCAAGGUCUAGUACAGCAGCAUAAUAGUUUCAAUUAGAAAAUUAGUCUACAUAUACUGUAUAUUCUUUUAAAUAUGUUUCAAACAUAUGAUUUAUUAUUAGAGAUGAUAAAUUGGGAAAAAUGUUUUAUUGAGUGGAAGUUUUAUUAUAUUUUUUGUCUUCCUGUCUACACUUUUUGUAUUUCAUGAAUCUGUUAUUAGUUAUUUCCUCAUAGUACCCAAUAGUGAUGAGAACAUUCAAAUAUACAGAGUAAGUUUUGAAAAAUUAGAAUGUUCCCAAUAAUAACCUUACUGCAUAAUUAAAUUACCGUCAUAAUAAUUAUUGCCAUUUCAGGCGUCAUUAAAAUUUAAAUUAAAAAUUUUUUGAUAAAAAAAUAAAAAUACAUAAAAAAACAUUUUUGAUUAUUCGUUUAUUUAAAGAAAAAAUGUAUUUUUUUUUUG